AUGCCCCGAACACCUCAUUCAGCACUGGACCGCGAUGGAGCUGUAACUAUCUUUACAUCACUCGCUACUUAUUAUAUUAUUUACCUCUUAUUGGUUGCUAUUUGCAUCUCUAUCAACAUUCCUGCCGGUGUUUUUGUGCCAUCUUUUGUUAUAGGAGCUGCAGGAGGAAGACUAGUGGGCGAAAUUAUGGAUUCGUUUUUCCUGAGGGGCAUGAGAGGAAACACUGGCCCACCAAUCUAUCCUGGGCUUUAUGCUGUAGUUGGUAAGUUUUGA